GCGUCGCUCGGCGGAGUGCGCGGCGGGCGGGGAGGCGCGGCGGGGCCCCCGGUGCCUUUAGCACGAGCAGCCGGUGCACGGACACAGCGCCGGGACCGGGCGGGCACACGGCGCUGCUCGGCACCGAGCCGGGCCCGCAGCACGAGGGGAACGGCCCGACCUUACUCCGCACCAUGAUCCCGCUGUCCCGACCCUGCGCUGCUCGGCCCCGCGACUCCCGGCCCGGCCCGUUUUGGCGCUGAUCGCCCCGGCCCCGCCAUGGAUGGCCGCGACUUCGCGCCCGCCCCGCGGCUGUUACCGGAGCGGGGCGGCCUCGGACAGCGGCACGGAGCGGGGCGCGGCCCGGGCUCGGCUCCCCCCGGUCCGUUCCAACACACCAAGUUCUUCCCAGCACCCAUCUCUAUGGCCACGCACUCAGCAGGGAGCGGACUGAUGGGGAGUGCACCGGCCUCAUCCUUCAUGGGGAGCUUCCUGAGUGGCAGCCUGGGCUCGGGAGCCCCCAGCCACCCCUCGGGCCCCACUGCCUCCCCCCCAGAGCCGGCUUUCCAUGGGCCACACUCCGGCACCUCCCAGAUCUGGUUCUCACACUCCCAUGAAGCACCGGGGUACCCCCGCUUCUCCGGGAGCCUGGCAUCCACCUUCCUGCCCAUGAGCCACCUGGACCACCACGGGAACAGCAACGUCCUCUACAGCCAGCACCGCUUCUACGAGAGCCAGAAAGAUAACUUCUACCUGCGCAACCUGCCCGCCCAGCCCGCCCUGCUCCCCACUGGCCACGGCUUCCCCGGCAUCACCCGUGCCGCCCCCGGCCCCCCCGCCGGCUCCUGCAGCCGUGAGCGUGACGCCGGCCCCGUGCCCAAGACCCCCAAGGACUACGACCGCUUCCUGGCGGCCAAGGAGAAGGCGAGCAAAGCGGACAGCAAGGAGCGGGUGCAGGAGGACGAUGGCAAAGAGCGGCACCGCGCCGUGCUGCCGGUGCCACCCGAGGGGCACUGCAAGGAGGGGCUGCCACCCCGAGCGGGCACCAAGCACCUGCCCUCCUGCCUGCUGGGUGCCAAGGGGCUGGAGGGCGAUGGCCGUGCCACGCUCCCCAGCUGUGCCGGCAGCGCUCUGCCCCGUGCCGUGCGCUGCGCCAAGGAGCCGUGCCGGGAGCCCACCGCCCCCGAAGCCCCCCCGGCGUACGGCGAGUGCCUGGAGCGGCGGCAGAUGCUGCACCACGCCGUGUCCUACGCUGUGCCCGCUGGGCCGGCCCCGCUCGGUGCCGCGGCCGCCGGUUCCUUCCCGUGUCUGCAGCUUCACGCCGGCCCCGACGUGCUGUGCCCGCUGCCGGAGAAGGGCGGGCGGGAGCUGAAGCUGAGCGGUGCCACCUUCGUGCCUUCGGUGGGACACCUGACGGACAAGAGCCGCUCCUUCCAGGUGGCGGCUGAGGGCUGCGGGAUGGAGCGCGCCGAGGGCAAGGAGCGGCACAGCGACACCGAAGCCCCAAGUGCUGCAUAUGGGGCUGCGUUCCACCACGGCAAAGCUGAGGGCAAAGCCGAGCGCAGGAUGGAGUGGGGCGGCCCUGGCGCGCGGCUGAAGGGCUUGGAGUACCUGGGGGGCGGUGGCGGAGGGGCGGCCGAAGGGACCCCCUAUGCUGCCCUCGGCCCCCCACCCAAGGGUGCCCUGGAGAAGGGGUACUUCGAGGUGCCGCCUGCCCCUGACUGCGCCCGCGCCCCACACCACGGCGAGCCGCUGGGCGCCAAGCUGGGCCCCUCCUGCUGCACUUUAGAGAAGGGCCCCAAGGAGCCCCCCCCGCAGAAGGUGGCGCGGAUCCGGCACCAGCAGCACGGCACCGGCAGCGAGGCGGAACAGUCUGAGGGUCAGCGCAAAGCUCUGGAGCUGAACUCGCUUGGCUACACCGCACCCCAUCUGCCCCCCUGGGGCAUGCAGGGCCAGGGCCCCCCCAUGGGCAUGGCGGAGGAGAGGAAGGGCUCCUACCUGGACCCCUUUGGAACGGGUCUGCAGCAGGCUGCACUGAUGACUCAGGGCUCGGUGCUGAGCCAGGAUAUGCCCACUCCCCCGGAUGAGGUCUCAGCCAUGAAGAACCUCCUCAAGUACAGCAACCAAGCACUUAUUGUGGGUCAGAAGGCAGCUCCCUUCGUGGGGCUGGGCAGCAUCAAGGGCAGCUGUGCCCACCAGGAUGCCAAGUUCCCCCCCCCGGCCAAGGGGCAGCCGGAGCUGCCGGACUGCGCCCGAAGCCGCGAGCAUGAGCUGGGGCACGGAGAGGGUGAGGUGCGUCAGCCACCUGUGGGCAUUGCUGUGGCCGUGGCACGGCAGAAGGACACGCUGAGCCGUCCUGAGCCCUCCUAUGGCAGUGGGUCCAGCCGGCAGGGCAGGACGGCUGCUGGCAUCAAAGGUAAAGGGCUGGGGGACGGGGUGGGCUGGGGGUCCCUUUGGGGCCGUGUUCACCUGUGUCUUCUCACAGCCGGCACCACGCGGCCCAUGCAUGUCAUCGACCUGGAGGCAGAGGAGGAGAGGGGACGGCUCUGCGAGGAGCGCCUGGGGCUGCCAGGACGAGAGCUGCUGCUCCAGGACAACAAGGAGCUGGUGGAGUUUGCACGGAUGCACCCCUCAGGGGGGUGUCCCGGAGACCUCACCCCCCACCUGAUGAUGGCGGGGGGCUCCUCGCUGCCAGCAGGGCAACUCGGGGGGGACCCGGCUGCCCACGCACACCCCGCGCACACGCACUGGCUGCCCCGCACCCGCAGCCCCUCCAUCUGGAUGGGGGGGCACUCCUACGGCAUUGGCCACCCCGCGCUGCACCAGAACCUGCCACCCGCCUUCCCUGCCUCCAUGCCCAGCACCAUGCAGCCCGUCUUCCCCCUCUCCCAGGAGCCCCCCACCCAGCUCGUCAUCCUGCCCACCGAGCCCCCUGCCCACGGCACCCCCCACACGCUGGCUGACGUGAUGGACCAGGCGUCACUGUGGCCCCCCAUGUACCCAGGCCGGGGUCCCAGCGCCCACCUGCAGCACACGGGGCAGCUGCCUGUGUACUCGCGCUCCCAGUUCCUGCGGCAGCAGGAGCUCUACGCCCUGCAGCAGCAGCGGGCGGCCCAGGCCCUCGAGAUCCAGCGCCAGGCUCACGUCCAGCGCAAGCCGGAGGAGCAGCCCCUGGAGCUGGAGGACGUGGGUCCCGAGAAGCCCCUCAAGCCCUCUCACAAAGCAGUUGCCUUAAACCCCCCGGCCAAGGCCAUGUCCUCGGCGGCACCUGGGCCCCCCAAGCUGUCCCCCUGCUGCCACUCCCCGGCCCUGCGGCACCCAGCCAAGUGCCCUGUGGCGCUACCCACAGCCCCCUGCACUUUACCCGUCUGCCCCACCGCCAGCUCCGCCGUGGCCCCGCGCUCCCCAGCUGACAGCCCCGUCCCCGUGCAGAGCAAGGGCAGCGAUGGCGAGGACAAGCGUGGGGAGGGACAGCCGCCCCGUGACUACCCCAAGUCCCUGGAGCCAGACCUGCCCCCAGGGUACAGCUACCCUGCGUCCAGCAUGGGCUUCUCAGAGGUGCCCCCCGCCGAGCCCGCAGACCCCGACACCAUGCAGGCGGGCUCCCCACCAGCUGAACCCGAGCAGUCCCGGACCUUCAGCCCAGCCGAAGAGCCCAGUGCAGAACAGGAGCUGCCAUCCACGGGGGCUUCAGCCGAGGGUCCAGGUGCCAUGUUGCACCGGCACCACCUGCUGCUGGCUGCGGCACCGGGUGCUGUGCCCGGAGAGGAGAACUUCGGGGUGUGCAGGGAAACGGCAGCAGUGUUGGAGCAGAGCUCUGUAGAGCAGCAACACCCGGUGCCCACGGAGGGAUCCUCUCUGCUGGGCCCCCCGGACGGUGAAGAGGAGGAGGAGGAGGAGGAUGAAGAAGAGGAAGAAGAGGAAGAAGGUGACAGCGAAGGCUCAGGGCUGGAGAGCAGCUGUGAUGAGGAGGAGGAGGAGGAAGGUGAUGACCCCAGCCGUGCACCCAGCAGGCAGCAGUGCUGCUCAGGAGGGCUGGAGGCUCUCAUCGCUGCUGGCAUCGACCUGGGGGAGCUGCCAGCACUGGGGUCCCCCGAGGAGCCUCCCCCAGCACCCCCGUCUCCUGCGCCCUGCACUGUGGGGCUGCCUGGCAUCGCGCUGCUCAGUGAGCUGGCUGAACUGGAGCUGCGUCAGCGCCGCUGUGACUUGGCCGUGGAAGGGGAGGACGAGGACCUGCUGGCCUUCAACCUACAGAACCUGGCCACGGUAGCAGCUGCCUGGUCGCUGGUGGAGGCGGCCAGCCGGGAGGGCAGCCCCCCAGCACUCAGCCCCCUGCCCACCUCCCCUCCACCCCGUGCUCGUGUGCCACGCCGCAAGUACACCUGGACCCCCAAAACCAAGGCGGUGUGCCCACUGAAGGCGGCCAUCGAGCAGCUCAACACGCAGGAGGUGGAGGUGCGGAUGCGGCUGGCUGAGCUGCAGCGACGCUACAAGGAGAAGCAGCGUGAGCUGGUGAAGCUGCAGCGGCGGCAUGAACACGAGCGUGACGAGAGCUCGCGGAGCCCAGCGCGGCGCGGGCCGGGGCGGCCGAGGAAGCGCAAGCACUGCAGCACACUGAGCCGGGCCGAGAGCCGCAAGGUCAAGGCGGUGCAGAGCAGCCUGUCCCUGCUGUGUGCUGAGCUGCAUGCUGAGCCCCAGCCCAAGAAGAAGCGCAGCAAACUGGAGCAGCAGUACGGAGCCAUGGCGGGGGCUGCGGAGAAGGUGCAGCACAAGAAGAGCAGUGCGCAGAGCAAGCUGGCUUGUAAGGUGGCUCACAAGGUGUCGCAGCUGAAGCAGAAGGUGAAGAGCAAAGGGCUCCCUGCUGGCAUCAGCCCCUUCCGACGGAAAGAGCCCAACCCCGGUGGCCGCAUCCAGAAGAAGCUGUCCCGCCCCAAGAGCUCCAAGGGCACGGCCAAGUACCAGCCACAGGAGCCUGACCCCCAUGAGGUCUCUGGCUUCAAAGAUGGGCACGAGGACUCAGACAGCGAUGAUGGGGACCAGGAGGCCGACCUUGCUAUGCUGCCCUCGGUGCCCAUGGCUGUGCUGGGGCCCUCCCCAUCCUCUGUGGUGAAGAUGGAGGCCAAUGAGAAGGCGAAGAAGAAGAAGGAAAGGCAGGGGCUGCUAGGACCGUGCCGCCUGGGCAGCCCUGAGGGCGAGGUGAAGAUCAAGAGGCGUCCAGGCAAACCGGGGGUUGGCAAGCUGGAGAAGGUGCCGGCACGGCGCAAAACAGGCAGCUGUGAGGAGGGGGGCAGCAAGAAGAAGCUGAAGGCGAAACCCAAAGAGAGUCUCCGGGUGGCCGGACCCAGCGGCCCCAGCUCUGCUGGCCCCCCCUCUGCAUGCAGCCUGUUUGGGGCUGCAGACCCCCGGCACUUUGGGGCGAGGGAGGAUGGUGCACGGCUGGCCAGUGAGAGGCUCAAGAAGGCCACGCGCAAGAGCAAGGUCCUGCAGUCAGCAUUGAGGAGGAAGAACGGGGCCCUCUCGCUGGCCCUCUCACCCCGGAGUGCCAAAACCAUCCUGAGCAAGGGCAAGAAGCUGGGCAAGGUGAAGAGCAAAGUGGCCAGCAAACAGUGCAAGGGCCGGGCGGUCAGCAAGCUGCUGGAGAGCUUCACUGUGGAGGACGACUUUGACUUCGAUGACAACAGCAGCUUCUCAGAGGAGGAGGAGGAGGGCAGUGCAGGUGGGCGCCGCUCCCCCCCACCCCACACCUGCGCCAUCCAGAAGGAGGACCUGCGGGACGGGCUGCACAUCCUCAUCCCAAAGGAAGACAGCCUGCUGUAUGCCGGCAGCGUGCGCACCAUCCAGCCCCCCGACAUAUACAGCAUCAUCAUUGAGGGCGAGAGGGGGAACCGGCAGCGCAUCUACUCACAGGAACAACUGCUGCAGGAGGCAGUCCUGGAUGUGCGGCCGCAGUCACGGCGCAGCCUUCCUCCCGGCACCCGUGUCUGUGCCUACUGGAGCCAGAAGUCCCGCUGCCUGUACCCGGGGAACGUGGUGCGAGGCUCCUCCAGCGACGAGGAGGAGGACGACCCCGAGGCGGUGAUGGUGGAGUUCGAUGAUGGGGACACGGGACACAUUGCUGUGUCCAACAUCCGUCUGCUGCCGCCUGACUUCAAGAUCCAGUGCACGGAGCCUUCCCCUGCACUGCUGGUGUCCAGCUCCUGCCGGCGGAACAAGCGCUCCUGUGGCGACAUGGCUUCCCCUGGAGAGCUGCCCCCUGGGCUGUGCACAGAGCGGCACGAUGGCACCAAGGGCCCCAGGAGUUCGGGCAAGAAGGCGAUCUGCAAGGAGAAAAGUGGCAAAGCCCUGGAGCUGCUGUCGGGCAGCCGAGCUCCGGUGCUGGGUGAUGCACUGGGGCGGCGGGGCAGCCCUCUGCUCAGCUGGUCGGCGGUGGCACAGACCAAGCGGAAGGCAGCGAGCAAAGGCACAGCCGUGCUGCAGAACCUCUUCCAGGUGAACGGCAGCUCCAAGAAGCUGCGUGCCAAGGAGGCCCUGUUCCCCGUGCACCACCACGUCACCGCUCCCGUCUUCGGCAACGGCUUCGGGGCCGACUCGUUCAGCCGCAUCGCCAGCUCCUACGCGUCCUUCGGGGCCGGUGCCGGGCUGGUGCUGCCGGCCGCUCAGAAGCUUCUGCGCUGCAAGAAGGCAGAGAGGCUGGAGGCCGAGAUGGGCAAAGGCGGCCGGCGCAGGGCGGGCAGCGAGUUCCUGGUGAAGCUGGACCACGAAGGGGUGACAUCCCCCAAGAACAAGAACUGCAAGGCCCUGCUGCUGGGCGACAAGGACUUUGGGGCCAAGCUGGAGCGGCCGCUGGCCAGCGGCUACACGCAUUCGGUGCUGGGCAAGGAGAGGAAGGGGAGGGCGGCCGUGCACCCGCUGCCAGUGGGGCUGGCGCUGCGCAAGUACUCGGGUCAGGCCGAGUUCAGCCUGAACUGCGACAGCGACUGCCACAGCUCCUACUCGGACAUGGACGAGGAGGAGGACGCGGGCGGGCUGGGCACCGAUGUGCCCUCACGCUUCAUGACCCGCCUGUCAGUGUCCUCCUCCUCCUCGGGCUCCUCCACCUCCUCCAGCUCCGGCUCCAUCUCCACCUCCAGCCUCUGCUCCUCCGACAACGAGGACUCGUCGUACAGCUCGGAGGACGAGGACUCAGCGCUGCUGCUGCAGACCUGCCUCUCGCACCCGGUGCCGGCGCUGCUGGCUCAGCCCGAGGCUCUGCGCUCCAAAGGCUCCGCGCCGCAGCGCUGCUUCCUCACCAAGGCAGCAGCCGCCGGCCCCAAGGCCAAGCUCAAGCGCAAGGAGGCCCUCAGCUUCUCCAAAGCCAAAGAGUUCUCCCGGAGGCAGCGGCUGCCCUCGGUGGAAAACCGGCCAAAGAUCUCCGCCUUCCUGCCCGCGCGACAGCUCUGGAGGUGGUCGGGGAACCCCACUCAGAACGCUCUGUACCAGUCGUGCCACGAGGACGAGAACGACGUUCAGACCAUCUCCCACAAGUGCCAGGUGGUGGGCAGGGAACACUACGAGCAAAUGACCCGCAACAAGAAGUACCAGGACCGUCAGGAUCUCUAUUACCUGGCUGGAACCUACGACCCAACCACAGGCCGCCUCGUCACCGCCGAUGGAGUGCCCGUCCUCUGCUGACCCACGGGGACAUGGGGAGGGGGCACGCAGCCCCCCUGCACUCCCCCCACCCCCCCUGGCCAUUAUGCAAAGCCCAGCCCGGCCCUGGGGCGAUGCAGGGAGGGGUAUGGGGGGGGGACUCCCGCACAAGCCAUAACUUUCCCUUUAGUACCUCUGACUGUUUGCCAGCAGGUAAAGCAGAAAUCAGGUGUGUUGUUCUAUUUAUUUCGCGUGUAAAUAUCGGGGUUAUUUUGGGGUCCUUUGGGGGUUAUUUGGGGUUAUUUCUGUUUCUGCCGGGAAGUUUUAUGGAGAAAACAUUAAAAAAAAAAAAAAAAAAAA